GUGGACACUUCAGCGGCAAGAGAUGACCGUCAAACUCACAUGGUGUCGGCUCCUGAUCACAUACAAACAAUGUCGCAGUCUUUCUACGAUUGCUGUGUCGGGAAAGGAUGCGAGGAGGAGAGACACAGGAAAAUCCCGUGUUGCGAUGAGCACAAAUACCUUAGACCAUAGGACAUUCUGUAAAGAACUUGUUCGAAAGCAUGACUAUGAGAACUACCUGUGCUGUCUACUGCUGCCUGGAGCUACACAGAGAGCAGCGCUCGCUCUGAGGGCAUUCAAUGUUGAGCUGGCACAGGUUCGGGAGACUGUGUCAGACAAGCAGAGGGGAAUAUUGAGAAUGCAGUUCUGGAAAGACAGCAUAGAUCACAUUUAUAAGGGCUCACCCCCCAAGACACCCGUGGCAACCGAGUUGGCAGGUGCUAUUCAUCACUUCAAACUGACAAGGAAAUGGCUGACACGGAUCAUAGAAGCAAGGGCAGAUAACCUGUCAGACCAGGGCUACAGGAACACUGCGGAGGUGGAGGCGUAUGCUGAGAACACUGUGUCUUCCAUCAUGUACCUGCUCCUGGAGUGUCUCGGAAUAAAGAAUGUACAUGCUGAUCAUGCUGCCAGUCACAUUGGCAAGACUCAGGGCCUGGUCACACUGCUACGUUCAACACCAUACCAUGCUAGCAGGAGUCGGGUGUAUUUACCUCUAGAUCUGAUUGUUAAGCACAAGGUAUCCCAGGAGAAGAUCAUCCGAGGCAGAGAUGAGCAGGCAGUGAAAGAUGUCAUGUACGAUCUGGCCAGCUCAGCACACAAGCACCUGGCAACAGCAAGAUCAUUCUCGAAGGAUGUUCCAAAGGAAGCCAGUCUGGUGUUCCUGAACACGGUGGUAUGUGAAUGGUAUCUGAAGUCCUUGCAGAAUUGUGACUUCAAUGUGUUUGAUGGACGACUGCAGCAGAGAAACAGUCUUUUGCCGCUGCACUUGUGGCUCCAGAAAAGACGGAAGACUUAUUAGCUGUUUAGACUUUAUGCUAAUAAUGUGUGGAAUCAAGGCCGAAACCAAUGGAUUAUCAGUGCUUUACUAGAGACCUUUUGGCAAUAAGAGACUUGUUGAAGAAUGAAUGUUCAGUACUCAUUGUGUAUUUACUUGAUUCUAGUUCCACGACUGUACGGAACUGACUGAGGGAGGAGCACAGACAGAAACAGGCACCCCUCAAAGAAUGGCACGUAAUGACAAAAUGUUUAUGAAACAUGGAAACAAUCUUAUGAUCAUUCUCAGUCUCAGGAAAUCGAUAAUUGUUUUUAGCAUAAAUGAAACGAAUGAAUAUAUUAUCCUAAGAUUGACACGUCAAUAAAGUGAAUUUGUUGAC